GAUUUGGUUUAACUGAGAUCCUUCACUGUUCCUGUUAACCUUCAGAAACAGCAGCACGCUGAGGGUCGCUGGGAGCCUGGAAGACGUUAACCCUGAUAAUCUACAUCUUUCAGGGUCACACCGUGUGAAAUCAGAAUGGAACAACGAGGUGAAAAAAGAAACACGUGUGGGACAAUUUGCCUUAAAUAUCUACUUUUUAUUUUUAACCUUCUCUUCUGGCUGGCAGGAGGAGCUGUGCUGGCAGUGGGAGUGUGGACUUUGGUGGAGAAGAGCGACUACAUCAGUUUACUGAAUUCCAGCUACUACUUGGCCUCAGCCUACGUCCUGAUAACUGCUGGUCUCAUUGUGAUAGUGACCGGCGUGAUUGGCUGCUGCGCCACACUGAAUGAGAUGAAGAGUCUUUUGAUUGUGUAUUUUAUCUUAUUGCUGUGUAUUUUCCUGCUGGAAGUGGUUGCCGCUGUCCUGGCCUACGUUAACUACCAACAGUGUUUUCCUUUCUGCUACCAGCUGGAUGAGGAGCUCAGACAGAACCUGAAGGUGAACAUGCAGCAGAAAUACCAGCAGCCGGGUGAGGACAGCCUCACACAGGCUGUGGACAGACUUCAGCAGGAGUUUAAGUGUUGUGGCAGUAACAGCUCCUCAGAGUGGGCAGACAGCGUGUGGAUCCAGGCAGCAGACAACAACCGGCUCGUUCCUGACAGCUGUUGCAAAACUCCCAGCAUCCUUUGCGGCAGCAGGGACCAUCCUUCAAACAUCUAUAAGGUUGAGGGAGGUUGCAUUAUGAAAUUGGAGGACUUCAUUCUGAGUCAGCUGUAUAUUCUGGGUGCUGUGGGUAUUGGGAUUGCAUCUCUACAGCUUCUGGGGAUGAUGUUCACUUGCUGCCUUUAUAAAAAUCUACAGAAAGAGUCAUACUGAUUUUUGGACUAUUGUCACAGAAUGUACACAUUGUUGUUUGUUUCAGCGAUAGUUAUUAACGUGCACAGUUUUAGGAUGCUAUGUAGUUAUGUCUUUGGCACAACUUUUAAAAUACACAUAAUUUAGAUAUGGAGUACACCUGCUGCUGGAUGGUACUGUUUUAUUUUUGCAUAUUACAGUGUGUGCUUUUAAUAUUCAGUUUCAAGGCUACAUGAAUAUGUGCAAUAUGUGACUUUGUUUCCAAAUUACACAUUUUUAAGAGCAGAGAACAUAUUUCUGUUUAGCUCUGAUUUACUGCAUGCUGUGGAUAUUUUAAGUACUUUUUUUUUUAUGUAACAGGAUUAACCAAAGUUUAAUUGUCUCACAUCAGUCUAGGUCUUUAGGAGCAAGAGUAGAGCGGGAGUUCUCUUUUUAGUGUUAUGCCUGCAUGAAGCAACUUGUCUAAAAAUGUCACAUUUUAUCUUCAAAUAAAUUUUAGUAUUGUAUAAAAUUAGAGCAUUUAUUUUCA